AUGUGUAGUGAGUCUGACAUCAAGGAGAUGGGACUUCCAAUGGGUCCAAGGAAAAAACUAAUGAGCUUUGUGAAAGCACAGGCUGCAAAACAGGAGGAAAGAAAACAAGAGCUUGUGAAGCAAGAAGCGGAAAAAGCUGCCAGGUUAGCGGCUCGGAGGGUAGAACAGGAAAUGUCUAGACAACAGAGACUUGACAGCAGUAUGCAGGAUUCAUCGAUGUCUGUACAUGUUGACUACACACCAGGAUUAAAAGGUACUGGUCAACCUUUUGUAAAGUAUCCCCAGCUGGAUUUCCUGCCGUCAUGUUUCUUUGCACUUGGUUCCCCUAUCGGGAUGUUUUUAACUGUCAGAGGAGUUGAAACUGUAGGAGAUGAUUUUAAACUACCGACAUGUGAUGCGCUGUUUAACAUCUUUCAUCCGUUUGAUCCUGUUGCGUACAGAAUAGAGCCUUUAAUAAAUAAGGAAGCUAUGAACUACAAACCUGUAAAAGCCUUGAGUACAUUUGGUGCGGAUUUGAAACGAGGUUUAAUUGAUUCCAUGAAAAAAACAUGGAAAACUAUCCACGAGUUUGCAAUCUCCCGAGCUACAACUGCGGAACCUACCGAAGAAGAAAUGGAGAAAAUAGCCGAUCAGUUAGAACAGGAACAAGCUGAGAAACAAUCAGACAUCAGCUCAUCGGAAUCUUUUGAAUUUCUUGCUGAUGAGUUAAAACUUGGUAUUCUCAAUAAAGGCAAUCGCAUCGACUAUGUUUUACAAGAAAAACCUAUAGAAAGUUUUAAUGAAUAUUUAUUUGCACUAGGAAGCCAUGCAUGCUAUUGGGAAUCAGAAGAUACAGUUUUAAUGAUCUUAAAAGAAGUUUAUGCUCUCCAUGGCAUUUUACCACAAGCACAGGGUCCGGAUAAAAAGAGGCCAUCACAGACACCACCAAAGAAUCCUGUCUUACCUCCACCUUAGACCUCAACCCUGUUACUUAUGAAAGGACAUUUACACAGUGCUUAGUGCAUAUGAAGCUGCUUACUCAUUGGCUUAGGAGAGUCACAUGACUUUGGAGCAGCCAAUCAGCUUGAAGGGUUGAUCACCUGUUAAUCAAAGUACCACAAUUUUUAAAUUUUAAGACAAUAAACAUAACUUUUGAUUAAGGGAAAAGCUGCUUUCGCUGCAUUUUAUAGAUCUUGUUUGCGCUGUUGAAUCAUGACUCAUUUGAGCCAAUGUAGUUUUCGAAUCAAUAGCUAUUUAUUUUAUUAGAAUGUAUUAAUUAGACUUUAUAAAUAUGUUCAGUACUGUAAAUGCAUUAAAUUUUCACUGGGUUUUAAUUUCACCAUUUUCAAUGAUAAAUAUUCCUGUGAACAUGUAAAAUAGAACUCAUUGUUUCCCUGGUAAAGUUGUGAGAUUUAAAACUCAGUGAAUAUGCUCAAAAUGUCAAAAUAGUUAAAUUAAAUCUCUUUACAGUAUUUGAUCAUAAAUCAUUCCUAUAGUACAAAAACAAGAGUACCGAUAUUUAGUUAAGUUAUAAUUAUUUCAUCAUUAAAUUGAUUAUAAUAUACUAAGCACAAACAAUGUGCAGGUGACAAGUCGUUCACAUCUGAAGGAGAAAGUUUGCUGAUGCAGUGUCUAAAUUUCUAUGUAUCAUGUGUCCUGGUUUAUGUAUUGUCACAGUAGAUUGCAAGCUUCUCUCUCAUGUACAAGUUGACCUGCUUAUAAACAUGCUGUGUCAGGCUGCAUUUUGUUAAUGUUGACCCAAAAUAUCAACUUUAGUUGAUAUUCAUAAUCAUAUUCGCAAUCAUAAUCAAUUCCCAGUCAACAAUAGUGUAUCUGAAUAUCUACCAUCAUAUUUGUCUUAAAAGCACAUUUAUUAUGGUAGAUCUUAAAGUACAUCAACCUAACACUAAUCCAGGUCCAUGCAAUCCUAAUAGAAUAAUAAGAAUAAAUAUAACAUCAUCCUGGUGCACUAUAGAAUACUUUAUUUCCGCAAUUUUUGAGUGAAAAUGAAAUCUAGCGAAUAUACUUUUUUUCCUAUAUUUCACAUUCUCCUCAUGAAAAAUCUGUGAAAAUAAAUUCCAUACAAAACACCCAACAAGUUUUCAGCGAAAAUUAAUUCCAACGAAAAUAAAGUAAUUUACAGUACCUCUAAGAGAAGUACAUGUCAGUCGCACCAGUUCACAAUUUUUUUAAAACAAAUGUGCUUUUUAAGAUUUGGCGGUUGUGUACUUUAUCUUCGCUAGAAUUAAUUUUCGCUGAAAAGGCUUUUUGGACGUUUUGUAUGGAAUUUAUUUUCACUAAUUUUUGACGAGUUUAAUGUGAAAUAUAGGAAAAAAAGUAUAUUCGCUGGAUUUUAUUUUCACGGAAUCAUCCCUUCAGCGAAAAUAAAAUUCAAGUGAAAAUAAAGUAUUCUACAGUAUGAAAUAAGAUGCUGAAAAGCCCUCUCAUGUACAAAUAAACAAACUUGUAGUGUUUGUUUUCAUCUUUACUGUUCACGACUACAUGCAAGUAAUAUGCGACUAUUUUGUAUAUAAUUCAGUAGAGUUGCAUAUUAAUGUCUUUAUUUCUGAUCAUCUUUCUGAUAAUAAAUAUCUAAUCCGAUGCAA